UUUCUUUUCUUUUCUUUCCCUGUCCCUCCCAAUCAACCCCACCAAACACACCCUAUCUAUCUAGGGUUUCUCUGGAAAUGGAAGAUGGCGAAGAGCGAUUACAUAAACCUCCCAAAAGAGUGGCACUGAACAUCAACAACAAAGACGAGUUCACAAAAGGCACUUCUUUACCUCUUGAGAUACUGAUCGACAUACUCAUCAGACUCCCAGUAAAGGACCUCUGCAAGUUCAGGUCAGUUUCUAAAGAAUGGCUCCUUUUGAUAUCCUCUGAUCCACUGUUCUUGAAUAUGCACACCCGUCUAUCUAAUUCAACCCCUCUAUACACUACUUGUAAUUGCAUUAGAGACAGCGAAAAUGGCAAUAGUGUAUCAAUGGUUCAAAUAACCGAUCUCGACUUGAACAACGGAACAUUGUGUGAUCAAUUUACUACCAUAUUUCAUGAUUAUGUUUAUAGCUGGAUUUCUUGCUUUGGUCUGAUAUGUUUGGUGUCGCUGCGUCAUGUGUAUGUAUGUAACCCUAGCACCCAUGAGUUUCUGAAAUUGCCCGAAGCUAGUUUCUGGUUUGAAGAUAUUGGUUUGGGAUUCAUUCCGGCUAGGAACGAAUAUAAAGUUGUCAACGUGUUUUUACGUAACGAGUUUUGGUGUGAGAUGUUUACAAUAACAGAUGGUGGUGGGAGUAAUUCUGAUUCUUGGAGGAUGAGAAAAACCCCUUGUAGAAGCAUGGAGAACGGUACCGCGUCGGUAUGUGUCAAUGGUUUUAUUUAUUGGUUGGCCACUGAUUUUGAUUUGUGCGAAAAAGUUUUGUCUUUGGAUUUAGAGAAGGAAGAAUUUGGACUCAUUCGCCAUCCCCAAUACUAUUUAGAUUUAGAUUAUUCAGACUUCAACUGUUUUCGUUUGUCUUUGGUUGAGCUGAAAGGGCUUUUGUGUUUAGUGGAUGACUUUUUCAGUCCAGUUAUGGAUGUAUGGAUGUUGAAGGAUCACAGGAGUCACACUUGGGUAAAAAAAUACAUCAUUAACUUCUCUAUCGUGGAUGGGAAUAUUGAUAUUUGCAGAAGACCUUUGGCUGAGGUUAGAGGGGAAAUAUUGAUCGAGUCUAAUCAAGGAGAUCGGUUUUACUAUAAUUGUGAAGAGUCAAAUCAGGGAGAUCUGUAUUACUAUAAUUGUGAGAAUGGGAUCUUCAGAAGAGCUGAGGAAUCAAAUGCAGGUGGAACAAAACGACGUAUUCACUUUGCUAGCUUUUUUGCUCUUGGAAGCAGAGUUUUUGUGUGUGAUGUUCCCUUCCAUGGUGUGAAGAGACACAGCAUCUAUGCUACUUCCCCGCCAAAGCUUGUUGUCUCAUGUGAAAAGUUAUUUUAUUCUUGUUUUAUCACCUCUCUUCUCUUUCCCCUUCGGAACGGUGAAAGGGUUCCGAGGCAUCAUCCAUCUAAGCUGUCUCUAGAAAUGGAAGAUGUUGAAGAUGGUUUACAUAAACCUCCCAAAAGAGUGGUACCGAACAUCAACAGCAAAGACGAGGUCACAAAAGGCACUGCUUUACCUGGCGAGAUACUGAUCGAUAUACUCACCAGACUCCCAGUAAAGGACCUCUGCAGGUUCAGGUCAGUUUCUAAAGAAUGGCUCGCUUUGAUAUCUUCUGAUCAGCUGUUCUUGAAUAUGCACACCCGUCUAUCUUAUAGAACCCCUCUAUACACUACUUGUAAUGGUACUAUAGAAAGCGAAAAUGACGGCCGUGCAGGUAUAUCAGUGGUGAAAAUAACCACUGUUGACUUGAAUAACGGAUCAUUGUGUGACCAAUUUACUACCAUCUUUCGUGAUCAUAUCUGUAGUUGGAUUUCUUGCUUUGGUCUGAUAUGUUUUAUCGCCUUUAGUCAGGUGUAUGUAUGUAACCCUAGCAACCAUGAGCUUCUGGAAUUGCCCAAAGCUAUUUGUGCCGUACAAGAUAUUGGUUUUGGAUUCAUUCCGGUUAGGAACGAAUAUAUAGUUGCCCAUUUGUUUCCUGACUUUCGUCCAGAACACCAGGAUGAUAGAAAUCUUUUGUGUGAGAUGUUUACAAUAACAGAUGGUGGUGGGGUAAUUCUGAUUCUUGGAGGAUUAGAAAAACCCCUUGUAUACACGUGGAGAAGGGCACCACGUCGACCCCAGUACUAUUUAGAUUUAGAUUAUUCAGACUUCACUGAGUAUUGGUUGUCUUUGGUUGAGCUGAAAGGGGUUUUGUGUUUAGUGGAUAACUUUUGCAUUUCAAUUAUGGAUGUAUGGACGUUGAAGGAUCACAGUAAUUACACAUGGGUAAAAGAAUACAGCAUUAACUUCUCUACCGUGGAUGGGUAUAUUGAUAAUAUGGGUUUCAGACCUUUGGCUGAGGUUAGAGGAGAAAUAUUGAUCGAGUCAAAUCAAGGAGAUAUGUUUUACUAUUCUUUUAGCAAGUCAAAUCGUGGAGAUCUGUAUUACUAUAAUUGUGAGAAUGGGAUUUUCAGAAGAGCUGAAGAAUCAAAUGCAGAUGGAACAAAACGGCGUGUUUACUUUGCUAGCUUAUUUGCUCUUGGAAGCAGAUAGAGACAUCAUUAACUCCGAACAGUUGUGCUUGACAAUGUUGCUAUCGAAAGAACACCUGGGGUGACCUUGAUUAUACACUCACCUGUUCGAUAUCAUCCGCUUGAUCUGUUAACAAGUUUGAUUCUUGUGGAUUUCAUAUUUCUGGACUCUUUAUGCUUUCUAACCAGGAAGGCUCUUGUGGAUGAUGUUCCCAUCCAUUCUGUGGAAGGGGUGCUGCUUCUAUAGUUCUUUUCAGUGAUGCAAACUUCAGAUUUUUUCCACCUGAUUUGAGUUUUGAAUUGUAGAAUGACAUUUGGAUACUUGUAGCUGCUGGGCAGAUCUUCUUAAAACAUAAUAUUAUGUUAUUAGUAUUGAUGAAA